AUGAUACAAAGUAAUAUUUAAGAGAGAAAAUUGAAUGUUAGCAACAAUGCAUGCAAAGAUUAGAGCUUUUUAUCAAUUAAAAGUCUUAAAAAUAGUAAUAAGAACAUGAAAACAAUUGCAAAUAUUAUUUAAUGGUAAAAGAAAUAUUAAAAAUUUAAACGUAUUAAUAGGAAGGAAAACAUUUAAAUAAUAACACUAAAAAAGGGAAUUAUUAAAUUAAUAAUACUAACCAAACAAGUUAUUUAAUUAAAAUUACCUUAACUUAGAUUUUAAGGCAAAAUUUGCUUAAUUUAAUAAUCAAAAAUCAAAUAAACAAAAUUCAAUCAAAAAUUAGUUCGUAUCGUUGAAAACUGA